AACUUGGCAGUUCGUGGUGGCGCUGCAUACAUUAGCAAAUGUCAAUAAUACGUCAAAUUCAGUACAUUUAAAUUUAGUUUCCUAUUCUGCCACCUACCAAGAUGUAUUGGACAUUCAGUAGAUGUUCCAUUGAUAAAAAAAUCCUGAAUUAAUGGUGAUUACAGAAUAGCCUUGUACGUUGAUAUAACUUCAUUUCUGUCUAGUUCUUGACUCUGUUUACUAUGAACAUAUAAAGCAGACGGUGGUCUCAAUCUCAUGGUUCUAAUAAUUAGAAAAAGUUAUUUGUUUUAAAUUCAGUGUUUCUCGUUUAUUUUCAUUUGUACGUAUUACGUUUUUUAUGCAAAGCAAAAGUUCUGUAAAUGUUGCGGCUUGAGUAAAAGUUUUGUUGUGGUGUAUUUUUUAUUUUCUCGUCGACUCAUCGUAAAAUAAAAUUUUACGUUGCAGUUGCUAUGAGCUGGUGAUAGUUACUCAUGUUCGAUUAAUAUUUCAUGAACAUUAUUUUUAAAGCGACCGCGUUUUAUUGUCGCAUAUACAUAAGUAGGAAUUUGGGAAGAUCACGUGUGAAUUUUAAUUACAAUCAAGUAGCAAAAAUGGGUUUGCUAAGUGAAGGAAGUCCCUUGUCUUGGGAAGAGACUAAGGCUUUGGCAGAGCAUGUCCGUCAACACGGAAUCGAGCAAUUUAUUAACCUGUACGUGAAGCUGCAGGAGCGCACAGGCGACGUGCUUAAAUGGGGAGAUGAGGUGGAGUACAUAAUUGUGAAGUUUGAUGAUGAGAACCAGCGUGCCACAGUCAGCCUCAUUGCCCACAAUCUGCUGCCUAAACUGCAGGAGAAAGAACUAGCAGAUCCUCAAAACGUAAAGUCACUCUGGCGUCCUGAGUAUGGAUCAUACAUGAUUGAGGGUACCCCCGGCCGACCGUACGGGGGUCUCCUAGCACAUUUCAAUAUUGUAGAAGCAAACAUGCAGUACCGUAGAGCCGAAGUAUCACACUUACUACCUCCGGGAGAAGUUAUCAUGAGCAUAACGAAUUUCCCAAGAUUAGGAUGUCCCAAUUUUACAAGUCCGCCUUACUCACCGACUCCCCAUGAAGGUGUCACCAGAUCAUUGUUUUUCCCUGACGAGGGCAUUUUCCCAGGACACCCUCGCUUCAAAACAUUGACCAAUAAUAUUCGGCAACGACGUGGAGAAAAAGUAGCGAUCAAUUUACCAGUGUUCAAAGAUGUAAACACCAAGAUUCCGGUAGAUAAUUCUCACUUGUUGGAGCCGGAGGCAGCUAAGCCUGAUUGCGUGUACUUGGACGCUAUGGGCUUCGGCAUGGGAUGUUGUUGCCUGCAGCUCACGUUCCAAGCCUGUUGCAUCACUGAAGCUCGCACUUUGUACGACCAGCUAGCGCCACUCUGUCCUAUAAUGUUGGCACUAUCAGCAGCAUCGCCAAUAUUCCGUGGGUUCCUGACCGACGUGGACUGUCGCUGGAAUGUGAUCGCGGGCUCCGUGGACUGCAGGACGCGCGAGGAACGCGGCCUCGAGCCUCUCAAGAACAACAAGUUCCGCAUUCACAAGUCGCGAUAUGAUUCUAUCUCUUCAUAUCUGUCGCCGGAAAAUGAAGCGUAUAACGACAUCGCGAUAGUGCACGACAAGGACUUGUACCGGCGCCUGCGUGAAGGCGGCAUCGACCACCCUCUGGCCCUGCACGUCGCGCACCUGUUCAUCAGGGACACCGUCUCACUCUUCUCUGAGAAGGUCAACCAGGAUGACAACAACGACACCGAUCACUUUGAGAACAUCCAGUCGACGAACUGGCAGACGAUGCGCUUCAAGCCGCCGCCCCCCAACUCCCCGAUCGGUUGGCGCGUGGAGUUCCGGCCGUGUGAGGCACAGCUCACUGACUUCGAGAACGCGGCCUACGUCUGCUUCGUCGUCUUGCUCACCAGGGUCAUACUCUCCUACCGACUCAACUUCGUCAUGCCUAUCAGCAAGGUGGAUGAGAACAUGCAACGCGCACAAAGACGGAACGCGUGUCUGAGCGAGAAGUUCUGGUGGCGCCGCGACGUGGGCGCCCCCACCGACCUCGCCAAGCAAACCCGGGACCCUUCGGAGCUGUACGCUGAGAUGACCAUCGACGAAAUUGUUAAUGGAAAGGAUGGCAUAUUCCCUGGUCUGAUCCCUCUGAUCGAGUCGUACCUGUCGGGCAUGGACGUGGACGCGGACACGCACUGCUCCGUGCAGCAGUACCUCAAGCUCAUACAGCGACGCUCCUCCGGCGAGAUCUCCACCAUGGCCAGCUGGAUGAGGAACUUUGUCACCACGCACCCACAAUACAUGAAAGAUUCAGUAGUCACCGAAAAAAUAAACUACGAUCUACUGAAGACCGCUCACGGCAUUCAGUCGGGCACCCUCGCCGCACCUACUCUUUUGGGCAGCAGUAACGUGUCCAAGACUAACGAAGACAUUCCCAAAGCAUUCAGCAAGAUGAUGAGUAAGGAGUGUCCCUAACCGUGGCCCAGCGCCGCAGACAUCGUGCCUUCCGUGCGCUGCACUUCUAACUACUUGUUAUACAACGACAUCUAUGCACCGCAACCUAUCCACCGCACGCGACAUCUACUACUAAACUAUGCCCCAUCUUUCGUCAGUAGUCAGGUAUUGAAUUGUGGAAAUCGCAUGUAAAAUUUUAAAUACAAUCACAUUAUGAGGCUCAAACAUUGGAAGUAAAAAUUAUUUUAUGAUCGUUUCUGUUAUCCUGUCUAGUUCACGCAUUUAGGCUAGUUCAUAGAUGUCGUUGUUUGUAAUUAGAGUUGCCUUACUUUGUUUAUUGUAACGAGAUUUAUACAGGACGGCAUCGUUACUUUAAUCUGUUAGUAUAUAUCAAUGUAUUGUUCGACACAGGAUAGAAGUGAAAUCAAGAAAGGUCCAAUUAAACAUUCCCCACAUUUUUGUGACACCGCUGCCUCUCGCCAUUGACCACUAACAUUUUGUAACUUUUAUCUUGUGACGACAUUUUUCGAAUUAGAAGUGAUACUUAUUAUCUUAAAUACAUUUAAUAAACACGAGUUAUUUAGAAUAGAAACCCCAAUGUGACCUUACCUUAGAUGUAACUGAAAUCUCGCAUUUUGUAACACAUUCGGCUCUAGAACUUGCAAGUAAUUUGAUUGUUAUUUGUGACCGAGCGAAAUGUCCUAGUGAUUAGUAUAGGUAACAGUGGGUUAAUGUGAUACAAAGAUAAAUCCAGUUUUGUAGAAUAAUAUAUUAUGCAUUAAUUUUUUACUACUUUCAAUGUUCAACAAAUUCUACGUAAUUUAAGUUAUUUUAUAAUGAAACCCGAACACAACAACUACUUGGCAGGACCACUAAGUCUUAUAUAAAACACUGUACUUACUCGUGUAUGCUUUAGUAUUGCGUUAAAAUUACAAGUUAAUGGAAAAAAGUGAAUUUAUUAUAGUUUUAAAUGUAAUUUUCAAGGAAAUUCAGGAUUUUUUUAUUGGGAACCUAUUUUGUGUUUGGCAAAAACUUUAGAUAUGCUUUUAUUUUGUUUGUUAAAUAAUUUUAGUUUCAAUUUAGGUGCGGUUAUUUGUGCUUACUGGCAUUUAAAGCAGUAUUAGCUAAACAUUUCCAGGGCAGGGAAUAACAAUGUUUGUGUAUACACAGUAUAGGGAGCUAUGGAAAUUGUAAAUAUAUGCAAUGGACAGAUAAAGAAUGGUUGUGAAUGGUGAAGUUAAAAGUAGAACAUUAUGAAGAUAGUGGUAAUUGUCACAAUUUAUAUUUUAUACGUUUGAACCAUACCUAAAGGUAAACUGACGAAAUUAGAUCUUAUAUUAUUGACUUUUAUCUCAUCAGACUCAAUGAAUUGAAAAUUGGAACAGUCAAACUGCAAUUUAUUCAUGUCUCAUGAAUCCUUUAGUAAAACGAGUGAUCUUGGCUUGAUAGAAACAUUGAGUGAAAUUAUUUUUAGAAGGUAACGAAUGACCAAGAAAAUAUUGUUUUGACAGAAUUGCACCUGUUUGUAAGUAACACUAUGUGUAAAUUAAGUUGCUAAUAUAAUGGCGGAAUGAAAUUGUGAGAUAAAACCAAAUAUUGUUAAAAAAUACUAAGCGUAAUCAGUUUCAAUUAAAGAUCAGUUUAGCAGCAUAGUCAGAUUAUAUUUACUGGUAUAAACUUUAUACUUUAAAAUAAGAAUUGCUGGGUUAAUGUAUCAAUGUAACAUGGUGAUUAAGUUGUAUGUAUGUAUUAUGAAAUUCUCUUGUGGGUAUAAUGGUCACUUAGAAUUAAAGUUCCUUGCCAUACCAGGGCUUAGAAAAUUAAACUAACCAUAGAAACAAUCCUCCUUGUUUACAGUCAGCACAAAAUUAAUUUUCUAUUUGUUAUUAAAGUUUUAUAUUUCUAAAUUACGCAUUAUAUUUUAAAAUUUUUAAAAUGCGUAUUAUUUCUUUUAGAUACAGAUUUAUUUUUAUGUAGUUAUUUUAUAUUGUUCACUGUUAGUGAGGUCUUUUUAAUUAUUAUAUUAUGAUAAAAUAUGCAUUCAAUAAAACUAUUUAAUUGUUAAA